AUGGAUUGGCCGUAUGUGCACCUCGAAGUGAGGCGUUUGAGCGUCGACGAGGAGCCGCAGCCGUUGCCGUCGGUUCCAACGGCCACCGCCCCGCUCAGCCUCUACCAUACCCACUUUAACCACUUUCACAUGGCCGCUCAUCCCGAACAGCCUGAGAACGUCGGCCAGCAGCAGCAGCCUCCGCCGCCUGUCGUCCACUACGACGCCGGUAUGUCAUUUGUCUUUCUUCUUUUUUUUCUAGCAAAGAUUAGCUCGCUGAUGAUAAAAAAGAGGUUCCACGUUGAUUGCUUCUCGCAGGCGUUAAGGUCAAAACUUCGCGAUCCUGAAGAAUUUUCAGGCUCCUGAAAUUUUCAGCCAGCACACUCAGCGAACAUUUACACAAAAAUAAUCUAGAGAUGCUUAAACCACUGUAAAGUUACCGUUUACUUCAAACUUUUCUAUUAAGAUUUUAACCGAGUGAAUCGGCUUUUUUUAUCAAAUUUAUACGUAUUUUUUUCCGAUAUUAAAGCCAAAAGUUUUCGCAAGCUGAAACAAAUGAAUAAAAAAAAACAAAGAGCGGCAAUGGUGAGAAUGAGGAGACGCGCGAGACGAUCACUUUUCGAAAGAACAGCAGAAAAAAAUUUACCGUAAACACAAACUUUUGCUCUACAAAAAGACAGCAAAGAACAAACUUCUUGAAGUGAAGUGAGGUCAGAUUUGAUCUGUUUUGGUAUACAGCCUUUGAAGCAGAAAAAAAACUGUGAACAGCUGGUCUUUUGUAAUUUCAACCGCUCAGCGUCUUUAUUCAAACACAUCGUUAAAAAUGUCUAGAAAGCUAUUUUUAUAGGAGAGUUUUCCGUGUUUUCUACAUAAAUUUAUUACGGCUCCGGUGAUUCUCACGGUUUAUUCAUUUCGAAAUGUUUCUGCGCAUUUAUAUGUGUAGAAAAAAAUAGAAAAAGCUGAGUGUGAAUAAAAAAAUUUUCACUUUAAAAAAAAUAGUGCCGGUGUUAAGAAAAAAACAUUUUUUUAUCAAUUUUUAUUUUUUUAAAGUUAACUUGCGAAUUUUUUUAAAGGUUAUUACGACGCCUAUUACUCCGAUCACACUGUUGAACCGAGAUCCGCCCCUGGUCUCUUACUCGGUAUGUUUCUCAGUUAUAAUUUAACAAUAUUUAGAACUAUACGAAUUCCCCUUGAAAAUCAGAAUUAGAACUAUACGAAUUUCCCUUGAAAACCAUUUUUGAUUCAAGUACCGUGGAGUAUUAAAUCUUGAGAAUAUUCGAAACGUUCAGGAAGUGACUAUGGAGCUGUUUCCAAGAGACGGUUUCGAACUAACUUCACUGAAGCGCAGGCAUUCUUUUUGGAGGAAGCCUUCCGAGAGUCGCACUAUCCUGACCACAAAGCAAAGAAGGAAAUGGCGGUUCAUCUGAAUCUUCCGGAAGACAGGAUCACGGUGAGCUCUUUUGGCCUCACUGACUGAUAAAACGUCUACAGGGAUUACGUCAAUUCAAAAUUAAUCAACAAACACUCAGUUUCGCGUAUCAAAAAGAUAUAUUUUUUUGACGAAUUGAUAGUCAAUCCGUUUCGAAUUUUUUUUGAACACCUGAUGUUCGAGGAGCGCGCGAGUAUGUAUCAUAAACUUAUGUAUAGUUUUAUAUUUGAUGCGACUUUAGGAACUUUUGAAAAGAGCCAAUCCGAUAAGAGAAAAAGUUGCAAAAAUAUUUGCGCGAAGCUGCGAGGCGGCUUACUGUAUAUUGGCCAGAUGUGAGGCCGAGAGCCGGCUCGCAGUUGCAAUUUACGAGCCAAAUGAGAUGAACGGCCUCGGCGAGAUCCGCUUGAUCGGCCCCUUCCGAUUCUCAUUGAUUGUAACUCAUUUUUAUGCAAUUUGGAACUUUCUUUUGCAGGUCUGGUUCCAAAACCGUCGAGCAAAGUGGCGAAGAAAGGAAUUGCGAGAAAAGGUGUGAUUUUUGAUGAAACCAAGCUGAAAGUACAGUAAAAGAAAAUGUAGAAAGGAGGAAUGGUAUAAGAAGCUAAUCACGAUUGAACUUACAAAUAACAAAAAAACAAAAACAAAAAACACUUUGAAAAUUUUACAGCUACUCGAAUUUCAUAAAUCUUUACCUUCGAUUGAAAGUUUGGAACUUUUUAAAGAUUAAAAUCUUGGAUGGAGAAAAUUUCCACGCGAUUCAAGUUGGAACGCGGUUUUUUUCCGUUAAAUACAUUGAACAACGCCAAAAGAAGUAUUUGGGAACCUCCAAACCCCCGCUUGGUUUACCUUUUCUCAGUUUGGUGUUCAGCUUCAGGAAAGGGGUAACCGCUCUGGAAACUGUUCAACGAGUUUUUCUCCCGAGAACAACUACAGCUACUGCAUACCGUCAGCUGAAUCGAUCAUAUCAACGUCCUCGCCGUUCGACCCCUCUACGGUAGCCCAGAACAAUCCGUACUUGCUCAUGCCCCACUCCGCUCAUCAAGGGUGA